ACAAAUCAUUCGGCUGUUUUCACCGCGAAGUGGAAAUCAAUUAAUUUGUAUUUGAUUUGCAAUCAGAUCAGCGUAGUGACAAAUUGUUUUGGCUUAAACGCCGCAGCGCAGAUAGUGCCUUUUUUUCUUGAGUGAAUAUUUGAUAAAAAUUGAAACCGAAAGUGGCCAAGUGGAAGUUGAAGUUCGAACAAUGAAUACAAACCCGCGCACAUUUCAAUCAUGGACAUAACGCGAUCAUCGAUUUAAAUUUGACGUGGAUUUUUCUUCAUUGGAUUUGAGAGAUAGCAAGAGAGUUUUGGAAUUUCUUCGCGUAUUAUUUGGUUUAAGAUGAUCGAAAACGCUGUGACACAGGAUACUUUCGUUGAAUAUGAUGAUCACAGAGACGAACCGGAAACAUAUUUCAUUGUGCCGGCCACAAUUGGACCGGAGGACGGACGACAUUUAUUCAGAUAUCUUGGUGUUUUCUUGACCUAUAUUACACCACGCGAUUUAACAGUCGUUAAUUGCAUCCUCGAGCUACUCAAACAUGUGUUCGAGACCAGAGUAACGGUAGUGAAUCUCGUUUGGGAGGCGCUAAAAGUUGAAUCCGGCUUCAUUGGUUUGAUGGUGAUUUUCCUUCUGAUUGCAUUCAUACCAAUUUUCACGCUGAUGAUAUGGUGCUGCACAAGUGAUAAGCCGGACGACACGAUGUACAUGCAUUCCUCGGGCGUUGAUGGUGAAAUUCAAACAAAUCCGAUCAUAUCGUUCGACGAUUCAAACAUUGAUAGCACACUCUAUUGUCGUCGUAUCUUACAAUUUUUAUUGCAAUUUUUUACCUUAUUCCUAAUAGCUUCUAUAACAGUCAUGUUUAUAACCAAUGAACUCAUACGAUCGACAAUAUCAAACACCCCAACCAUUGUGAAAUCAUCACUGUUAGACGUAGAAACAUUUAGCAAAGAUGCACACAAAGAAAUCAUUUCGACGAUACACGAGGGACUGAGCACAGCAUCUGAACGAAUCAAAUAUGAUUUAGAAAAUGUGGAUAAAUUGCUGGGCGACCCAAUUCAGAAGAAAAUCGAAGCCGAUUCCGGCCUUAAGACCACCCUCGAAUCGAUUUUAACCAUAUGCUCAGGUAACUUUGAGCUCAUUCAUCGUGUACAAUUGCUGCAGGAUGCCUUGGGCAAAGCAAUACUCAUCUCGAAAGAGGCAACAUCACGGAUCGAAGAAUUUCAAGUGCAACUGUCCAUUUUGCAACGGCAAUGCUCAUCACGUGAUCGUCCACUGUGUGACACAUUGCGACUGCGCAGCUUCGAAGACAACGGUCUUUUGAACAUAUUGACUCGGAUGCAAAGUGAUCCGAACCUAUUGCGCAUGAUGAAUUUGGGCGAAUAUCACGUGAAUAGCAAGCACAUAAACAUUUCGACGGAAAUGCGAGCGGUGCAGGAUAGAAUGAUGGAUUUCCCGUCGGUCAUCAAAAUGGAUAUGAAAAAGAAUGUGGAGAGCAUUGAGAAGGUUCUGUUGGAUAUUCAAGAUUCGAUACGAUCAGCCACACAAGAUUUGAGCAAUAUGAUGAAUGGCAUGGUGAAAAAAGUGAAUGAACAACAUGAGAAUGUGCGGCCGCUCAUGGAAAAGUUACAAAAUGCGAGCGAUCUACUGUGGAUUGUGUCGUUGGCAACUACCUUGGCCGUGCUAUGUAUUUCAUUGCUGUUGUCGAUUAGUCUGUUGCUCGGAAUCAUUCAUGCAGAAACAUCGGCAAAAAUUACAUUCAUUUUGAGCGCGGUACUAAUUGCCAUCGGCAGCUUUGGUUUAGCAGCCUUCACGAUUUUAGUCUUGUUGGCUGGCAGCCAUGGCGAAGUGUUCUUGUGUCGACCUUUGUACGAUACACCAAACUAUCAGGUAUUCAGCAAACUAUUCGAUCGACCUGGUUGGGUGUAUGAGAAUGAAACAGUUAAUGGCAUCGUGAACGACUUUCUCAGCACGCCCGACGUCAAUGAAUCACGCAUGCUAAACAUUUCAUUGGCAAAUGCAAUCGAACGAUGCCAACAAAAUGAUGCCGUCUUUGCCGUUUUUCAAUUCGAUCGCAUCGUUAAUAUUUCACAAAUAUUCGAUGCUCAGGAGCACAGCCGUCUCGAAGAUGAAAUCGAGAAAAUCUUUGUAUCCGCCUCGUCAUUCCUCACAUUAACUGAAGACCUGCAAAACAUACUCAAUUACAUGUUCACAAAUUCCGACAUCAAUUUUUUAGCAUAUAGAACGGACUUGAGUCGACCGACACCGGAAAAGGAUUUAUCAACAUUCAUCGAUCAAAUGCAACGGGUUUCCGUUCAGAUUCAAGAGUCCACAACAUCAUCACGCAUGUCAACGUUGGGCAAUCGAGCCCGUCGCCUGCAAUCUAAUAUUUUGCAACCGUUGGAACGUCUGCGAAGUGAAAUCCAAUUUGAGCUAACUGCUUUACAAUUGCAAAAAGAGCCAUGGACUGAUAUGGUGAACCAAAGUCUCACUCACUUGAAAACGACACAGUUUUUCAUCAAUCAAGACUCGGCUGAAAUUUGUUCCAACAAAACGACGGCAUUCAAAUUAAGACUCAAAGAACACCUGAUGUUGAAUAAGCGUGAAACAUUGCGGCAACUUAUGAACAAUAUCGCUCCAUGCCGUCCGUUGUUCAAUAUAUUCGAUGCCAAUCGCCAUUUAUUCUGUCAUCACAUCAUUGACCCAAUGAACGGAUUGUGGUUUUCCGGAUUUGUGUCGUUGUCCUUGUGGGCCAUUUUGACGCCAAUCGCUCUGGGACUGGCGACCAUCUACAAAAAAAUGGAAUAUUCUCGCGGCAUAACGCGUUCAAGUAGCCAUCAAGCACCGGCCGACUCACUGAUAAUAUCUGAACAGAGUAAUUGGGGAUCAAGCAAACAAAUGUCAUCAUCCAACGUAAACAGGCCAUCCAAUUGGUGAAUGUCACACAAAUCACACAUACUCUCUGACUCACUCACUCGCUCGCUCGCUCGAUAUCUUCCCUCUCGAAGACGACGAAGGCGGAAAAAACGCUUCAUUCAAAACCAACCGCCCGACUGACCCACCGACUGAACGACCACACACCCAACGACCACAAAAAUGCAGUACGGACGCACACACUUGAUCAGGUGAAAUGACUUUUGCAUUUAGCCGCUCUGUGUGAAAACAAUCGAAAUUGUUGCUAAUUUAUACGUUCCCUUAGCCAUUGAUUUAGACAGCAUGACAUGAUCGAUUACCAGAGACCGACAUUGAAACCGAAAGUGCAAUUACACCGUGCACCAUUGAAACACCUUACACACACAGCCAAUUUGACGGCUCACGAAAUGUAGCAGUAGCAUAACAUUCGAAACUUUGACUUGAAAUUUGCAUCUUAUUUUAAUGCGAUCCGUUACAAUGGCGACCCGAUGCUCUGGGCCAGGCACUUUUUCACUGGCCCAGCAAUAAAUGAGACCCGUGACUGUUCUUCUCUGUUUCACAUGCAUACAAAUUCGGUUUUUUAAGACUGAAAUUCGGUUUUUCGGAAAACUGUUGACCAAAUGUUGACCAUCUUAUCAUUAAUAGAAUCUUGAUCCAUUUCUUCCGAAUUCAGAAAAAUUCAACUCUUGACACUGCUAUUCAUUCAUAUUUCAUUCAGAUUCUCAAGCAAAACAAAAAGUAGUUUCACUGAAUCACAACAAAAAUCUCAUUCUCCCUGCGCUACGUUGCAAUUUGUUUCAUUUUUUUUCUCAUUACAACCUGACUUGAUUGAAACAUAUAGUUUAUGCGAACGAAAAAAAAAUUACGAUUAUGACAUUGAAGAGAAGAAAGAAAAAACAAAAACAAAAACAAACUGUGCUUUACGAAAUUACGAUAAACAUGUGCAUUUUUUCUCGAACUUUGUGGAUCGAUGUGACAUAUACACACACACACACACACACACACAGAACACUGGCACGGCAAAGUGUACGCAGCUCACGAUCGGAAACCACUGAUUUCACUUUUGAGGAGGAUCAACCGGCCGAUGCUGAUCAAAGCCGAACGCUCAUACGACGCGACGUCACAUUUAGCGAAUAAGCUUCACUUUCUUCUAUCUUCUAAAAUCCUCCGAAUUUUGUGGAGUGCCCAGAAUGAAACUAAACGAACGUUAGUAUUUCAUUUUAUCUUAUAAAAUAAUAAGAGAAAAAUUGUGUUCAAUUUUCGGAUUAAUAAGUAACAGAUGAAAGCAGCCAUAACUAUAGUUAUAUAUCUCAAUUGUAUUGUUAGCCUCCUCGAAUUGUAAACAGCAACAUUCAAUACAAUUGUGUAAGUGUAUUUUUGCCCCUAAAUGUGUUUACUAUGUAUUGUCACAUUUGCAAUAAAUCUAAAUUCAACGAA